AUGCCGUAUGUGACGCUGGUGAUGCUAGGCGUGCAGGCGGUUGGAUACAGCGUGCCCCUGAUCACCAGUGCUGAGGCCCUGUUCGCCCGCAUCGCCGCGGGCUCCGACGACGUCGUCGUGCCGCCGUGGUACGAGGUGGACAAGAGCAGCCUGUAUUUGACCAUCGACUGCAUCGUCAAGAUCCUCAUCCUCGCCGCGUUCUUGCUGACGCUCCGGCUGGCGCAGAAGGUGUGGCGGUCGCGCAUCAGGCUACUGACGCAGUCGCCGCUGGAGCCCGGCCGCGUGCCGAGCGACCGAAAGGUGCUCGUCUACAGCCUUGGCGCGCACCUGGUGGGCUUCGCGGUGGUCCUGGCGGCGCACUACGUGAACGUGUACAGCCGGCUGGUGCAGGACGACGGGUCGUACAUGGACGCGCGCGGGAAGACACACGCGUUGCGGGAGUGGGCGGUGACGCCGGAGGAGUACAUCGGCAUGGCGCAGGACUUAUUCCUGCUCCCGCAGGUGAUCGGCAACGUGGUGUGGCGGAUCAACUACAGACCGCUGAAGAAGAGCUACUACGUCGGCGUGACGGUGGUGCGGUUGCUGCCGCACCUGUACGACUACUUCAAGGCGCCGGCCAUCAACCCCUACUUCACCGAGGAGUACGAGUUCGUGAACACGAGCCUAGACUUCUACUCCCGGUUCGGCGACGUGGCGAUCCCGCUCGUGGCCGUCACUCUAGCCGCCGCCGUGUACGUGCAGCGGCGGUGGAACUACAAAAUCAUCAGCAAGACCGUGAAGACGCAGUAG